UCGCUUCAGUUUACUUCGUCAAUUCAGUGCAGGUGCACAGUCGGACUGUUACUGGUGAUGCUACCUUCUUUUCAACCCGCGGAGAAGAGUUUGUGUUUUUAAGACAUCAGCAUAAGCGGCGGCGGUAGCAGGAUCGACUGAAUCGAUCCGAUCGAUUAAACUGCUUCGUCGAUAUAAGUGCAAUUAAUUUAUCGCUAAACAGGUGGCAUUACUGCUCAGCGUCCUAUCUUCAAAGAACACGAAGGAAAAGGAGAACUGAACGAAAGAACAAAGUAGAAAAUGCAAUUCAGUCAAGAAAUGUAACUGCAGCAUUUGUCACCCGCAACCGCUUAAGUGAAGAUCGACACCAUAUAACUCCCUUGUUCGGUCCUAGUGUGCUCGGCCUGUGUGUUAUCAGCAAAGCGCCUGCGAUUGCCGGUGCCGUUUUUGUGAUCUUUCCUGAUCAUUCCUCAUUCUAGUGCAUCCGUUUGUAUGCGUGAGCGUCUCGUUUUUGUGCGGGUGAUCGGUAGUGUUAGUCGUAGAAAGUCGUGUCUUCUAUCUAUUAGUUGCCGUCCGGAGAAAGCAACGCGUUAUCAUCCCUAGCGCUUCCAUCUCGGCAGUCGCUUCCCGAGGGAAGCUGUGAAGGUGUCGUAACCAAAGAUUUGAUCGAUAGGAUCUCCGUGCAUCCACUGGUGUGUACCUUUGGAACCGACCACUGAGUCAGGGUGUGACCAGCAGCCGCAACAGCAACAACCACUUCGAAGCCAUGGGAAAGACCACGGCGUUCAGUACAGCCGAUGAGCAGGAGUAUGCCGAAGUGCGGGGCAACACCGUUCCGGACAUGCUUUACGAUGUGGCGGCCCGUGCUGCAACGACGUCUGUCGGUCUGUUCGUAUACAAACGCAUCGAUAAUCUGCUGUGGACGAUAGAGAAAACCGCAAGAUGGUCCCUUCCACAGCCCUCGCCUGCGUCAGUAAGCUCCAAAACACCAGCAGCCGACGAGAGCGAAGACAUUGGAAGUAACAUUUCACGUCCACCGUUGAUACGGCCACUGCCCUGGCUUCUCUUCCUUCCGGCACUGAUUGCGCUGCGUAUGGUUCGUAGUGCGCUUUCUAUGGGUGCUCGCGUUGUUGGCAGGGGUCCCGUUCUACCCUCAUCAGUGGUAGGCUUUUUGCAAAACAAGCGACGGAAGCUUCGUGCCCUCAAGUACCGCGGCCAACGCUUGCAGAGAAUUGCUCAAAUCGAGCAGAAUGCGGAUCCUAAACAGGUAUCUUGGCUCCAACGGAUCAUUGUACCGUUCCGAAUGGUUAUUUGCACGCGCCCAUACAGAUCAAUUGAUGCAAACUCGGACGUGGCACAUGCCGUUGUAUUCCGCAAGGAUCGUCCAUCUAGCACUGACCAGAAGCGAGUUGUCUCUAAAAAGCGUAAUCUGAACCAACGCGAAGCAGAAAGUGCCGAGGAGGAAGCAAGUGAUGAGGACUCGUUCGAGGAUGCGGGAUGCAAGGUGCUGCUCGAUAAGUAUGCCGACGAGGAGGACUCAAGUUUUAAUAUGGCAGAUGCAUCUUCAGCCAGUUCAGGCGGCACCGAUAGCUCCCUUUCCGAUGCUGAUCCCUCUCCCAAGAAACUUCAGAGUGGCAAACAGUCACAGCAGGAACAGCAGUCUCUACCAAAGCAAAACGGAGGACAGCAACCGCCAUCCAAGUCAGAUACUUUAACACGUUCGUUGAGUGAGAACAAGAAUGGCGUUGAUUCGCAGCCUACGGCCACGAAAACUUCCGCUCAAAAGGCCAUUAACGCGGGCAAUCGGUCAAAAUCAGCGGCUGAUUUGGAAAAUGGAAAUGCCCAAUCGUCUAACACGUCUGAAACGGAGAGCAAGAGUGCGGCAUCCACCAACAUAGCUGGCAGUACUACACCUUCCAAGAGCAUUCCAAAUCUCUCCAACUCGCCGGAAAACAAUGAGAACAAACCGAUCAAUCAGAAUGUCGCUGGCGGACCAACCGCAUCCGUAGCCGCUGCGUCCCAAAUAAAAUCGACUUCUCCAACGGUUCUUAAGUCUACGACAGCCAAGCAGUCUCCGAUCAUGAGCGACGUCCGCAGUAACUUUCAGCAACAGAAACAAGCGAGUCAAAAGCAGCUCGGUUCUGCCGGUCAGCAGCAGCAACAGCAGCAGCAGCAGCAAUUGCUACAAGCUUCACAACAGCAGCAGCAGCAUGUUGGCAAUGGCGCAAAAUCUCGCAACAAGAAAGGAGCUACUCAGUCGUCCUUUGCUUAGGAGAGUGCUAGAAAAAUGGUUCUACUUAGAGGAAGUGUGGACCAGCUUCCGUUAUGCUAUUAUCGUAAUUUGUUAUUUGUCUUGUUUAUGUUUGUACACUGUUCGAAAUGGGGUCUGAUUGGUUACUUCGUGGUUUUACCGUAGUGUCGCUGUAGCGAUCGUUAAUAAAUUUUCCCACAUGCAUCUUUUUCGCCUCGAUUCAA